UCCAAUAUGUCUGCGCCCAUACGGCAUGAACUGCAAUAAUGUUUAGCAGUAAUUUGAAAUCGACUUCCCUACUUGUGCAACUGGCCACGGCUAAUGCUACAUAUUCUAAAUAUAGUUAUUGCCUGAGAAGACUAUUGCAUGAUUUCAAUAACAUUUUUUACUCUGACAGAUUUACUAAAAAUGCUAAUAAAUAUCGAAAGUAUGCUAUUUUGAAUCAUAAGAAGUUUCGCAACUGUUCUAGUGUAGUAACAAAUAAAAGACUAGACAGUAAAAUUAACCAGAGCUCUAAGAGUAACUUGGUACUUGGAAUUGAGACUAGUUGUGAUGACACUGGGGCUGCAGUGGUGGAUCACCAUGGCAACGUCAUUGGAGAAGCUUUGCACAAUCAAACAAAAACUCACAUUCAAUUCGGUGGUAUUAUUCCCCCAGUGGCACGAGACCUGCAUAAACAACACAUAGAAUCUGUUGUUAAUGAAGCACUGUCAUCUGCAAAUGUCAAUUUACAGGAUCUGGAUGCUGUGGCGGUGACUGUGAAACCUGGCUUGGCUCUGUCACUGCGAGUCGGGCUGGACUAUGCUUUAAAGCUAGUAGAGAAGUCUGGGAAACCACUGAUUCCCAUUCACCACAUGGAAGCUCAUGCUCUCACUGCAAGAAUGAUCCAGAGAAUUGAUUUCCCCUUCCUAGUUCUGCUUGUCAGUGGCGGUCACUGCUUGCUCGCGGUUGCUAGAGGCGUUUCAGACUUCCUUCUCCUGGGUCACGGGAUGGAUGACUCCCCUGGUGAUGCGUUUGAUAAGACGGCCCGACAACUGAAACUGAAGAAUCUUCCCCAGUUUGCCGAAGUACCUGGAGGUGUUGCCAUAGAGACGCUGGCAAAGCUGGGAAACCCUAAAGCCUUCGCCUUUCCUCAUGUGUUAACACAGACACCAAACUGCCAUUUUUCUUUUGCUGGAAUCAAGUUUGCUGCCAAGCGGUUAAUAGAAUCAGAAGAAAUCUCACAAGAUGUAAGUGCGAGUUCAGUGCUGCCAAAUGCGGCCGAUGUGUGUGCCUCCUUCCAGUUCGGGGUGUUACAGCACCUGGCAAAACGAGUCCAGCGCGGAUUACUGUUUUGUGAACUAAAGGGACUUCUACCAGAGACAAACAAAACUUUGGUUGUAUCAGGUGGUGUUGCCAGCAACAAGUUCUUGCGAGCAGGCCUUGUCAAAGUGUGUGAUAAAUAUUCCUGUAAGGUCGUCUGUCCCCCGCCCAAACUCUGUACCGACAAUGGAAUCAUGAUUGCCUGGAAUGGAAUGGAAAAACUGUUAUCACAAGAAGAUUUUGCGCAAGAUCCUGAAAAUGUUGAUAUUCAACCAAGAUGUCCUCUGGGAGUUGACAUUUCCGAGGAAGUAUCCAACACAGCGUUAAAAUUACCAAGGAUUAAAUUGCUUGACACAUAAACAUUAAUUGUGUAUUCGAAACUCUAUUCCGAUACAAGGAACAUAAGAGGCAAGAACAUUUUUAUGAAUAUAUUUCGAUUCUCAGAUACUUCACAACCUUAUACCUGGCAUAGUGGUGUGACUAGAAUGGGUUAUCAGCUGUUUGUGAACACAGUUUCAAAUACAUAAUCUAGAAGCCCUGCUGAUACUAGCUGUUUUAAAUGUUGCAAAAUGGUGUGCAUGUUUCAAGUCGUGUUAUGCCUGUGACGCUGCCUCUAGGUGUAUACACCAAAUCAUACCCAGUAGAAGACAAUUGUAACCUAUGUGGAUGAAACUGAUAAACAUGUUUUAAUAUCAUGGAUAUAAAUAGUGCUAGCCCUCACUGUGUAAAUAAAUCGGAGAAAGAUGGAAGGGUUAAACUGCUAGUUUUACACAUAAUGGAUGCUCAAUUUCCCUCGUUCCCAGUGGUAAAGCGCUCGGUUUGGGAUCGAUGCCCAUCAGUGGGCCCAUUGGGCUAUUUCUCGCUCCAGCCAGUGCACCACGACUGGUAUAUCAAAGGCAGUGGUAUGUACUACCC